UUGCACUACUGGAAGUCCUUGUACCUAAUGAAUUGUCCUCUGCGUAUAGUGAGUCAACGCGACAUCAAUGCGACUUUCGGCCCACUGACGUCCCAAUCUUGUUCCCAACUGCAGGUCCCGGGUCACGGGGUCAGCCGACUCCUGCAGAGCUUCACGGCCGACGAUGGCUUUCACCUGGAUGAGGAGAGCAGCUUCUCUGAGGAGGAAGAGGAGGAGGAGGAGGAAGAUGCGGACGAGGGGAGCCCACAGACGACGGUGCACCUUCCUCCCAAAAUGCCUUGCAAAAUACCCGCUCUGCCCAACUGUGUGCUCAGUAAAGAGAUGCUCGUUGACGGCCUGAAGAUUUUGAUAUCCAAGGAGGACGAGUUGCUCUACGCCGCCCUUGUCCAAACUCUGGACCUGCCUGAUAUAUUUAGUGUUGUCAUAGAAGGGGAGCGCGGGAAUCGCCCCCGGAUCUAUUCACUGGAGCAAAUCCUACAAGAAGCUGUUCUGGAUGUGCGGCCCCAGACUGAGGCCAUCCUAAUGGCCGGGACGCGAGUGUGUGCCUACUGGAGCGAGCGCUCGCGUUGUCUUUAUCCCGGUUAUGUCCACCGAGGGGGCACAGGUGAAGAGAAGGAGGGAAGCGUGAUGGUGGAGUUUGACGACGGCGACAGAGGACGGAUUACGCUGGCUAACAUCAGACUUCUGCCGCCUGGAUACCAAAUCUGCUGUGCGGAACCAUCACCGGCGCUUCUGGUCACACCCGGACGCCGAUACCGACGCAGCUCGACGCAGGAGAAGAAAGACACGGCCGCCGAGAAACCAGCCAAUGAGGAACAACAAGUCGGGAAAAUCCAAGAGAAGAGACCAGUUGGCCGGCCCAAGAAAAUCCACUCAGUCCCCAAGACCGCCGGCGCGGCAACAUCGGAGUCGGACUCUCGAACCAAAGGUAACGCUUCCUUGGCGAGCUGGUCCGCGCCCAGGAAGAGACCCCCGGUCGACUUUUUCCUCUUCAACGGGACUUCGCGCAAGACCCAGAAGAGAUACCGAGAGCGAGACGCGGGGUUGUUUCAUCGCCCCGCCUCCCACUCGCUCACACCCGCAACCCCCCUCAGAGGCAUCUUUGGCUCCCCUUUUGCCGUCGACUCUUUUAGUAGCAUCGCCAACGGCUACUCCGCCUUCGGUAGCGGCGGGAGCUCCGGAUCGGCGCGACACGCAAACCCGGGAUCUUCCUGCGGGCCCCGGGACGUCUCCGCUUGCCCCUCGGUCAUCGCCGCGACGGCGGCGCCGGGGAGCAAGAAGCCAAUGAGUGAGCGAGACAGGAAACAGUUCCUGGUGAAGCUCGAUCACGAAGGGGUGACGUCGCCAAAAACGAAGAACGGCAAGGCCCUACUUCGAAUCGGAAAUGGAAGCAAAGGAGGUCGAACGGUAUCCCCGGCGGGCGCCCCGCUCCGCUACAUUCACCCUGCCGUGCUGGUGAAAGACGGAAAAAAUGGAGGACUUGAUCGAGAGCACCCCGGAGUCCGGCCGGACCCUCUUCUAAAAGGCGACGCCCCACUUCAGAAAGAUCCGCCUGCGACCAGCCACGGAGGCCAAACCGGAGAUUACAGUUUGGACUACAACAGCGACGGCCCGAGUUCUUACUCCGAGCUCGACGAAGACGACGAAGAUGGCGGCCAAGAUGCCCGAGCGCGAAGAAGAGCCGCGGCGGCCGCGUCGUCGCAUCGCGGCGGCCGCUUCCUCUCCCGCCUGUCGGUCUGCUUCUCCUCUUCCUCCUCCUCGUCCUCGACGUCGGGCUCCGUCUCGUCCUCGUCCCUCUGCUCCUCGGACAACGAUUCCUCCUACUCGUCCGACGAGGAGUCUUCAUCCGUCCUCCUGCGUCGCGCGCUGCUCCAGCAGGACAAACACAAACACAGACAGAACCUGAGGUCGGAGGUCAACGACUCCAACCCUUCGGCCGCGGUCACGGUUCAUCCCUAUGCGGCCAAGGCUGGCGUGGCCCACUCCGGACCAAAGGGCAGGACGGAGGACAGGACAGAGGAGAGGACAGAGUACAUUUCCAAAGGAAGUGUGGCCAAUAACAGUAGUUCAGCCAAGACCCAAGUGAAGAGAAAAGAAGGGGUUCCGAAUAGCCACCACCAAGGUCCGAGCGGCCCCAAACCUUCUUCCAAGGACCCGGCGGCGGCUAAAAGGCAGAGGAUGUCCUCGCCGGAACCUCAAGCCGGCAUCGCUCCGCUACUGUCUGGACGCCAGCUGUGGAAAUGGUCCGGUAGUCCCACACAGAGGCGGGGUCUGAAGGGGAAAGCCCGCAAGCUGUUCUACAAGGCCGUCGUGCGCGGCAAGGAGACGGUGCGGGUGGGCGAUUGCGCCGUGUUCCUGUCGCCCGGCCGGCCCCAGCUGCCUUACGUCGGCAGGGUGGAGAGCUUGUGGGAGUCGUGGAGCUCCAGCAUGGUGGUCCGGGUCAAGUGGUUCUACCACCCGGAGGAGACUCGCCUGGGCAAGCGACACUGUGACGGCAAGGUAGAGACCCUUCAAAACAUUUUUUUUUCUUUGAGCUGGAAUAGCCAUGAAAAUUUUAUUGUCACCUGUUUGCUGGCACAACAUAUGCCUCGCUCUUGAAAAAUUUCUGCUUGAUGGUUUCGAGCUGUUUUUCCCCCAACCUGUUUUAGAGCUAAGGCGCAGACAGCAACCCCCAAACAACUCGGAGGCAGUUUUUGCUUUUGGGUGAAAUUUGAGGGUGAACCUAAAAUGCACGACGAUAACUUGGACAGGUGAACCGAUUUAAUGAAUCUCCUCGGAACUUUUAAAUGUACAUCUGUUCAAUUUGCUCAUGACAUUCUAAGCAAGGAGUGUCAAACUCAUUUUUGUCGCGGGCCGUUAUGACUGAAACCAUAUGAAGAAGUCAAGAAUAAUGCUUUAUUCACCUCUUGUUUAAGUUAACUGUAAUGAGGGGUUUGGGAACAAGAAAAUGCUGACGGUAUCGAUCACUUUA